AUGGAUUCAGAGGAGGACUUCAUGUCGGCUCCCUCGAGCGACGACGAGAUCAUGCAGGAUGACAGCGGCGAGGACAUGUCUGGCCCUGAUGACUUCGAUGAAGAUGACUUCGAAGACGAGCCCGAGGACCUGGGCAUGAUCAAGGACUCCGACAGCAAAAAGAAGGUGGCUUACGACAUCUCAUUCAAAGUCUACGAACCAAAGGACAUUCAGCGUCAACAGGAUGACAUGAUUGACGAGGUCAACAUGAUCCUGAACAUCCGCAAGGAGGAUGUCGCGAUAUUGUUGCGGCACUUUAGGUGGAACAAAGAACGUUUGAUCGAGGACUACAUGGACGCUCCCAACAAGGUCUUGGAGGCUGCAGGCCUUGGCUCGAACGUGGCUGGCCCGCCCAAGCUUGAAGCCAUUCCGGGUUUCAUGUGCGACAUCUGCUGCGAAGACGAAGACGGCCUCCAGACCUUCUCUCUUAAGUGCGGCCACCGAUACUGCGUAGACUGCUACCGCCAAUACUUGACUCAAAAGAUUCGCGAAGAAGGCGAGGCGGCUCGUAUCCAGUGUCCAGCCGAGGGCUGCGGCCGCAUCAUCGAUUCAAAGUCCUUGGAUCUGCUCGUUGCAGCCGAUCUCAACUCCCGGUACCAUGAGCUGCUGAACCGGACGUACGUGGAGGACAAGGAAAUCCUGAAGUGGUGCCCUGCACCCGACUGCCCAAAUGCCGUGGAAUGCGCCAUUAAGAAGAAGGACCUGGACAGAAUCGUCCCCACAGUAGCAUGCGGUUGCGGUCAUCGCUUCUGCUUUGGUUGCAUUUUGACUGAUCAUCAGCCUGCUCCCUGUGAGCUUGUCAAGCGAUGGUUGAAGAAGUGCGCAGACGAUUCGGAGACUGCGAAUUGGAUAUCGGCCAAUACCAAGGAGUGCCCCAAGUGCAACUCGACAAUCGAGAAGAACGGCGGCUGCAACCACAUGACAUGCCGAAAGUGCAAGCACGAGUUUUGCUGGAUGUGCAUGGGAUUAUGGUCGGAGCACGGUACGAGCUGGUACAACUGCAAUCGUUUCGAGGAAAAGAGUGGUACAGAUGCGCGUGAUGCGCAGGCCAAAUCCCGCAUAUCGCUAGAACGUUACCUGCAUUACUACAACCGAUACGCCAACCACGAACAGUCUGCCAAGCUCGACAAGGACAUCUACCAUAAGACGGAGAAGAAGAUGGUACAGCUUCAGACAGCCUCAGGCAUGUCUUGGAUUGAGGUUCAGUACCUGAACCAGGCCUCACAAACGCUGCAAACUUGCCGGCAGACUCUUAAGUGGACCUACGCCUUCGCAUUUUAUUUGGCGCGUAACAACUUGACCGAGAUUUUCGAAGAUAACCAAAAGGACCUUGAGAUGGCUGUCGAGGCCUUGUCAGAGAUGUUUGAGAAGCCCGUCCAGGAGCUCUGUGAUAAGAAGUUGAAGGUCGACAUUAUGGACAAGACGUCAUACUGCAAGAAGCGACGGAUUAUUUUGCUUGAAGACACUGCAGACAACCUGGCCAAUGGACGUUGGACAUUUAACAUCAUGGAUGAUGCGGACGUGGUGGAGCGCGAAAUCGACGAAGACAGCGGCGAAGAAGAAUGGUUCUUCCUUUCCAACGAUACGACGAGGUAG